GAAAAAAAUAUUAAUAAUGAGAAAGCUCGACGAAAGAGCGCAGCAGGGGAUUGAAAGUGAGAGUGGUGAUGGACUUGAUCGCUAGCGUUGAAGUGGAAAAGUGGACUUGUAAAAGAAUAAUUGUGGAAGCCAAAAAAUUCCAAGAAACAAACAAUCUCCACUCGAGCCCUUACGAUCCUUCUCUGUACCUUCUUACUUUCUCUCGCUUUCUUCCAUUUGAUGACCCCUUAGGUCUCUUUAUUUCUUUCACUACCAACAAAUUUUCAAGAAAUCAUGGCCUCCCCUAUUGAAGAGGGGGGAGAGAGGGACUUAGAAAAGGGACUAAUGCCUCCACAUCUAAACCAAAACCCUCUUGCUGAAUCCUCUCCAACACCAUCGCCAUCCUCAACUUCAUCGGCUCCGGCCCUAGUUCUAUCCAACUCUGGAAAACGGAUUGAUCAAGCAGGAAAAAAGAAGUAUGUAAAACAAGUAACUGGGCGCCAUAAUGACACUGAACUGCAUUUGGCAGCUCAACAUGGUGAUUUGGCAGCUGUAAAGCAGAUUCUUAAUGAUAUUGAUUCACAACUGGUGGGGACUUUGAGUGGGGAGGAUUUUGAUACAGAGGUUGCUGAAAUAAGGGCAUCAGUAGUGAAUGAGGUGAAUGAGUUGGGGGAGACAGCACUGUUUACUGCUGCAGAUAAAGGGCAUCUUGAGGUGGUAAAGGAGUUGUUAAAAUAUUCAAGUAGAGAGUGCAUUGCAAGGAAGAAUAGAUCAGGCUUCGAUCCUUUGCAUAUCGCUGCUGUGCAAGGCCACCAUGCCAUUGUCCAAGUGCUCCUAGAUCAUGACCCAAGCCUGAGUCAAACAUAUGGUCCAUCAAAUGCAACCCCACUUGUAUCUGCAGCUACAAGGGGGCAUACUGCAGUAGUCAUUGAAUUGCUGUCAAAGGAUGGUAGCUUAUUGGAGGUUUCUAGAUCCAAUGGCAAAAAUGCAUUGCAUUUAGCUGCCAGACAGGGGCAUGUAGAUGUUGUAAAAGCAUUGCUCAGCAAGGAUUCACAGUUGGCACGAAGGACUGACAAGAAAGGGCAGACUGCUUUGCAUAUGGCUGUAAAAGGGCAGAGCUGUGAGGUAGUUAAAUUGCUUCUCGAUGCAGAUGCUGCUAUUGUGAUGCUUCCAGACAAAUUUGGUAACACAGCAUUGCAUGUGGCAACUAGGAAGAAACGAGUGGAGAUAGUGAAUGAGUUGUUAUUACUUCCCGACACAAAUGUGAAUGCGCUGACAAGAGACCAUAAAACAGCUCUUGACAUCGCAGAAGGCCUUACCCUCUCAGAAGAAUCAUCAGAACUAAAAGAGUGUCUUUAUAAAUAUGGAGCUCUUAGAGCUAAUGAACUCAACCAACCAAGGGAUGAGUUGAGGAAAACCGUAACUCAAAUUAAGAAAGAUGUUCACACCCAGCUUGAACAAACCAGAAAAACCAACAAGAAUGUUCACAAUAUUUCUAAAGAGCUCAGGAAGCUACACCGGGAAGGGAUCAACAAUGCUACCAACUCAGUGACAGUGGUGGCCGUGCUAUUUGCAACAGUGGCCUUUGCGGCCAUAUUUACUGUACCGGGUGGUGAUGAAGAUAGUGGGAUGGCAGUGGUGGUGAGCUCUGCAUCUUUCAAAAUUUUCUUCAUCUUUAAUGCUAUUGCUCUCUUUACCUCAUUGGCUGUUGUGGUUGUUCAAAUUACACUGGUUAGAGGUGAGACAAAAGCAGAGAGACGGGUAGUGGAGGUGAUUAAUAAAUUAAUGUGGUUGGCUUCUGUGUGCACUUCAGUUGCAUUUAUAGCCUCAUCUUAUAUAGUAGUUGGCCGGAAACACAAGUGGGCUGCUAUUUUUGUUACAGUUGUAGGGGGAGUGAUUAUGGCUGGGGUUCUUGGCACAAUGACUUAUUAUGUGGUGAAGUCCAAGAGGAUUCGCUCAAUGAGGAAGAGGGAGAAGUCUGCAAGAAGAAGUGGAUCCAACUCAUGGCAACACUCUGACUUCUCCAAUUCAGAAGUUGAUCGAAUUUAUGCUCUUUAAUGUGUGAAUGUAUAACUUCUGGUAAUUCUUAAGAUUGUAGAGUAAAACAAUGGAUGUUGAAGCAAAUGAAGGUGUUAUAGUUAAAUAAAACUGGUGCUUCCUUCCUAUAAUUUCUUUGAUGCACACAAUGCAUCUGGACUUGACAGGAGCAGCCAAAGCAAUCCUUCCUGGGAGGCAGUGUAAAUCAGUGGUAGUAUUCAAAGUGUUGAUAACUUCAUUCCCUUUCUCAAUCUUCCUCGUAAUGCAUGAGGGCAAAGAUCAAUGAUAAAAUUCUUUCAGAUGAGAGUUUCAGGGUAGAGUAAUCAUGUGUAUCAUCCUGACAGAAUUUCUGAAAUUAUUCAUUGGGUUAGUAGCAUAAGGAUUAAAUUCUUGUACUGUAAUGCGUGACAUCAAAGAUUCAAAUCUUGAGUUCUUGGCCGCUA